CCAGCUACAACAACAAAGAUAGCUUAUAGCUGCAAUAACAACAACAGCCGUGGCAGUAGUCGCUGUGAGGUGACUACAACAACAAAGGCAAUCAUAGCUACAACAACAACAAAAACGACGAGGACAGCCGUAGUAGUCGCAGUGAAAAGCUACAACAAUAAGAACAGCCGUAGUAGUAGUAGUAGUAGUAGUAGCAGCAGCAGCAGCAACAAUGAGCUAACAACAACAACAACAACAGGAAUGUCAAUAGCAGCAGCAGCAGCAGUGAACUAGUUACAACAAUAGCAGCAACAUUUAAUACUAGUGCAGUCUAACUGUAGGCUGUAUUUGUACAAGAACAAUGGCAAUGCAAUAUAGUAGCAAGCAAGGCAGCUGUACAACAACAACAACAGCAACAACAACAACAACUGCAGUGUCGUAGCAACAUGAUACAGUUGAAUCAAAACACAAAAGAUUCAAGGUUCAGUGUGAAAGGGACGUGCCUGUAGCUGUUGCUCUCUCUCUUUCUCUCUUUGACUCCCUCGGUCCACUGGAUGGAUGGAUGGAUGAUAUACCAGGCAAACUUGAAGUCUGGACAGCUGGAUGGAAUGAAGAUUGCCGGAUCAAGCAAUGAAUAUUUCUGAGGAUUUUGCAGUCAGCUGACAUCAACAAUGAUUUGUUAUGAAACUUCAAAGAAAUUUAAUAAAUCUGUGAAAUGAACUCUGUUUAAAUAUUGAUCCAAUUUCCGUUUUUCUAACCAAGAUGGCUGAGUGUGAAGUGUCAGUGCCUCCUCUAAAUGAUACAAGCAAUUCUGUGCCAAGUGAUCAUAAUUUCCCAGAUCACAGUAUGUACAAUGACAGUUCAAUUAAUUUCCGUGAACAUAUUGGAUCCACAACUCCAAUGUUGGACAAUCAACGAAGGAAGUGGCUUGAAGGUGGUGUGAGCCACUCGGAAGUAAACAGUGAUAUGCUGCUGCCACUCUCUGAGCAAGGGUUUGUUCACAAAAGAAUGAUGGAUUCUGGCAGCAAUAUUGCUAAUGAACAUAUGUACAAGAACAUCCCAACUUCCAAUAGUCAACAUGGCAACAGACAUUACGAUAUGAAAGAGAAUCCAAUCAGAUGUAAAUAUUGCCAGAAAAUCUUUUCACAGCCAAUCUUGUUGCAGCGUCAUAUGAAAUGCCAUUCUAUGCUUGGCACCAUACAUUAUGGAUCUAUUCAGUGUGACUAUUGUCAGAAGACAUUUUCAAAAUCUGCUCAAUUAACAAGGCAUCUCAAGACCCAUUACGGGAUGACAUUUAAAUGCAACGUUUGCGAGAAGCUUUUGUCAACUGCUAGUAGUUUGAACAUACACCUUCGUACACACACAGGUGAAAAAAGCUAUGAAUGUGAGACCUGUCACAAGAUGUUCUCCACAUCGGGAAGUCUUUUGGUGCACAAACGUACACAUACAGGGGAGAAAAGGUAUCGGUGUGAUCUGUGCGAGAAGUUCUUCACAACUUCCGGCAGCCUUCUAGUGCAUCUUCGUUCCCAUACAGGUGAGAAGAAUUACCAGUGCAAGUUUUGUGAAAAACUUUUCACAACCUCUGGAAGUCUUCUUGUGCACAUCAAGACUCACACGGGAGAGAAGCGUUUCCAGUGCAAAUUCUGCGACAAGAUGUUCAUCACGUCUGGCAGUCUCACUGUGCAUUUACGAUCCCACACUGGCGAAAGACCCUACAAAUGUGUAUAUUGUGAAAAAUGCUUCACCACUUCCAGUAGUCUUGGUGUGCACACACGAUCCCAUACAGGGGAGAAGCGACACCAGUGUGAACAUUGCUUCAAACUAUUUUCAACGUCUAGCAGUUUGGCUGUGCAUCGCAAAGCACAUUACAACUUAUCAAUAUCUGCUUCGUCACCAGUUGCUUGGCGUAACCCAGGAAAAUCAUAUAGUUGCAAUAUUUGUUGUAAAGUGUUUCUGUCAUCAGAUGCUCUUGUUAGUCAUGAAAGGAAGCAUACAAAAAAACCAUUCCGUUGUGAAUUGUGUUAUGAAGACUUUGCUACUAAACCUACAUGCACGCGCCAUUGGAAGACCCAUCUCGGAGAGAAACCCUUUCACUGUAAGCACUGUAAUAAGACGUUGUACACGAAAAUCAAAUAUCUCCUCCACUUGCUCGAUGUGAGUCGAUACAAGCCCUAUGAAUGUUCUCAUUGUCAGCAAAUAUUCUCUGAUAUUUCUGCCCUGGAAAAACACGUAGAUGACCACCAGUUGAAUCUUGGAACGUCAUUCAGCUUAACCCAGAGUCUUUUAGAGCUCUCAUCUUCCAAUGAAAAGCAGCAGAUGCACUCUGGAAAGAUGAUAAAAUAGCAGGGCUAGAAACAUCAAGAUCUUCUUUAAUGGAUGGAGAUAGACACAUAGAGAUGUUAAUGGAGUCAAAUAAACUUACAAACAAUUCUACCACUCAUGCCAAGUUAAACCAUCAAAAUUCAAACAGAAUUCCAAAUGAGGAACAUCCUUGGAAUGUUUCGUGUUCAGACGAGGAGGAUUGUGAAACUCUAGCAGAAAUGGAAAACGAAGAUUCAACAGUGCCCAAAUUAUAUAAAUGCAGUCAUUGCGGAAUGGCCUUUAGUAAAACUAAAUUCCUGUAUAUUCAUGUUAAAAACUUCCAGAAACUAAGAUCUUUUCACUGUGCAUACUGCUCUUUGAUGUUCUCUCAGCUUACUUUGCCAAAACAUGCCAAAGAAUGUGAGAAAGCUAAUGAAAUCCAACAGGCUGCAUACAAUGCUGAGUACGAAGUACCACAAACCAAGCAGAACAGUUUAACACAUCUGGCCCUUCCUAAUUCUGAUGUGCCUCCCUUCACAAGGCCAAUACAUAUGGGCAUGACAUCAUCCAUGGGUCAUCACCACCACCACCACCAUCACCACCACCAUCACCACCGCCAUCACCAUGACCAUAAUAUGUCCACUUUGAACAUGAAUGUUAAAUCAAAUUCUUCAGUCUGUCCUAAAAUGUCCAAAACCGGAGAUAUGAUGAAACCAUUAGGAUACUUGUCCUAAGGCUUCAUAUAAUCCAUUUAGAACAACAUUUGCUCCCUGCCCUUUAAUUUCCAAACCUUGGAGUGGUGUUUGGAAUGAGAAUUAUAUAAAAAAAAAGGGGAAAAAAAAAAAGAAAAACAUAAGCAUAUUUAUUGCUUGAAAUGAAUAAGUAAAGUUUUGUUGUAAAAAAAAAAAA